AUGGACGGAGAAGAAAUUACUGCCUUAGUCAUCGAUAACGGUUCCGGUAUGUGUAAAGCCGGUUUCGCCGGUGAUGACGCCCCAAGAGCUGUUUUCCCAUCUAUCGUUGGUAGACCAAGACACCCAGGUAUUAUGGUUGGUAUGGGUCAAAAAGACUCUUAUGUUGGUGAUGAAGCACAAUCCAAGAGAGGUAUUUUGACUUUGAGAUACCCAAUUGAACACGGUAUUGUUACCAACUGGGACGACAUGGAAAAGAUCUGGCAUCACACUUUCUACAACGAAUUGAGAGUUGCUCCCGAAGAACACCCAGUUUUGUUGACCGAAGCCCCAAUGAACCCUAAGUCUAACAGAGAAAAGAUGACUCAAAUCAUGUUUGAAACUUUCAACGUUCCAGCUUUCUAUGUUUCCAUUCAAGCUGUUCUUUCCUUAUACUCUUCUGGUAGAACCACCGGUAUUGUCUUAGAUUCUGGUGAUGGUGUUACUCACGUUGUUCCAAUUUACGGUGGUUACUCCAUGCCUUACGGUAUCUUGAGAUUGAACUUGGCUGGUAGAGAUUUAACUGACUACUUGAUGAAGAUCUUGUCUGAACGUGGUUACGCUUUCUCCACCACUGCUGAAAGAGAAAUUGUCAGAGACAUUAAGGAAAAGUUGUGUUACGUUGCUUUGGACUUCGAACAAGAAAUGCAAACUUCUUCUCAAUCAUCAGCCAUUGAAAAGUCUUAUGAAUUGCCAGAUGGUCAAGUUAUUACCAUUGGUAACGAAAGAUUUAGAACUCCUGAAGCUUUGUUCAGACCUGCUGACUUGGGUUUGGAAGCUGCUGGUAUUGACCAAACUACUUUCAACUCUAUUAUGAAGUGUGAUCUUGAUGUUAGAAAGGACUUGUACGGUAACAUUGUUAUGUCUGGUGGUACCACCAUGUACCCAGGUAUUGCUGAAAGAAUGCAAAAGGAAAUCACUUUGUUGGCCCCAUCCUCUAUGAAGGUUAAAAUCAUUGCUCCACCAGAAAGAAAGUACUCUGUGUGGAUUGGUGGUUCUAUCUUGGCAUCUUUGUCUACCUUCCAACAAAUGUGGAUCUCAAAGCAAGAAUACGACGAAUCUGGACCAGCUAUUGUUCACCACAAGUGUAUGUAA